AUGGCGGUCCCCAAAGCGAAGGGCUAUCGGCCAAGAUGCUUCUUUGAUGUUGAAAUAAAUGGAUCUCCAGGUACGAAACGUUAAAUUCCUUGGAUUAAAUGUUUGCAUUGGUUGCUGUUUUUCAAAAUUUAAUUUAUGAAGUCACUUGGGAAGAGAAGCGGCUGAAAUUCAGACUACAAUGUAUUGGUCAAAUCGAAGCUUCAACAUGCCCCCCCCCGGGCAACCCCCCGGGCAUUUGACUUUUUUGAAAAUUAUUGUUCAAAUUCCCCCCUACCCGGGCCAAAAUGCCGUUCAAAUGCCCCACACUAGGGUCCAUUCAGGUAAUCAAAUGCCCCCACCCCGGGGACAUUUCACAGGCACAAAAAUGACAGAAGGACGGCUGAAACACCUUCAGUGGUCGAACAAAAUAUUUAUAAAUAUAACAAAAACUGAGAAACACAGUUAGCGUAUUUACUGCGAACAAAAGUGUCUUGCAAAGCGGCGGAAAUCGCUGCUACAAGGUCACUGAAUGCUCAGCUUUUUUUCGUCAUGCAACAUACAAAGCGUUCUAUAAAAGAGAUCCCACCCAUUGAGAUUACUACAUCAUGACCAUUUCACUGACAUGCAUCAUCGUUCACCUUAUUAAUUAACAUACUUGCAGUAGGUCAAAGUAGUUGACCUGAGCUUUUUAUCUUAUUUUAUUUUAUGUUGUUGUAUUGAAUCGCCGAUAUAGGUAUUGUCUUUCAUUGUAAACACAACAAUAAAAUACAUUCAUACAUUCAAAGCCUGAAUCCAAUAUUAAAAAUUUUAAAAUUUAAAUACUUCAAAUACGGCACAAAGCUUGUUUAAGCCCUUUCCUCGCAACCAAUUGGUCACAAAGGCACAAUCUUUUCCACGAAAAUCCUCUAACACCGCGUCCCCCAUGAUAGCUCGCCACGCCAAAGAUUUUACAUGAAAUCAAAGGUGCAGUUCAAAUUCCCCACCCCUAAAGCAUUGGGAUCAAAUUCCCCACCCCCUGGAAGACUCUGAUAAUCAAAUUCCCUCCUCCCCAGGACGGCAAAGGUGUCAAAUGCCCGGGGUAUGCCCGGGGGGGGGCAUGUUUAAGCUUCGAUUUGACCGAUACAUAACUCUUAAUAAUAUGGAAAUAAUUAUAAGCUUAUUCAAGCUUAUAUUAAGUUUAAUAUAGCAGAAGUUUGAUUCUUUGAUUUUAAUCAAUUUCUAUAAUUUUAAACUUAAAUCAAUAUGGCUGUGCAGUAUUGGUUAUGAAUGCUUACUUCUCUUGAUUAAUGAUGUGAGCCUAAUGUGUUAACACUGGGAUAAUCUAAUCUUUUUUAUGGAUUAUUUUGGCUAAUUAAUUUAAAUCAAUAAGGUUUCCAAUGAGCAAACUCAGUCUGCUUGUAACAUAGAAAGAGGAGUAGGUGGGUAGAAAGGAAGACUGGUUUGAAAGAACUUCAAAUCUAAAACUCUUAAAUUUUUCUUGAUUUAAGAAUCAAUUUUGCAUUCUUUGUAGCUGGCAGGAUUAUUUUUGAACUGUUUGCUGACAUCUGUCCUAAGACAUCUGACAACUUUAGAGCAUUGUGCACAGGUAAGGAAGUACGUAUUAAUGUAGAUACAUGUACUACCACUGCCACUACCAACUAUUAUAUUAAUAUUAAUAAUAAUAGUAAAAAUGAUCAUGAUAAUAAUAAUAAUAUCUUUUUUCAUAUUACAUGUAAACAUUAGUGUUUUAGAGUUGAGAUCAGUUGAUGCGUGGUUGGCCAUAUACUCACUUGUAAGUGGGAUGGAGUCAUAAUAUUAAAUUCAUGGUCACUUCCUUUUUUUGUUUAUUUUACUGGUGCAUACAUAUAUACACAUAUACAUACAUUUUAUUUGUUACACACGUAUAUCCAUUUUAUUUGCAUUUUAAGAUUGAAGCACUAUUGUAACAUACCCCGCCUUGGGUAGCUAUGCUAAUCUACAGGGGUCCUGUUUUCAGGAAACAAAUACAACUAAAAGUAAUAACAGUGUUACAGAUAGGAGAUGGGUCUUGGGUCAAUGACCCGACAAAGAAGGCUUCCUGACCCGACAGAUGACAUAUAAGUAUUAAGUUAAAUAUAAUGAAAAAAAAUAAGCAUAUGGUCUUGGUGACCCCUUAGAUUGUCUACAUGACCCCCCUCUUGAAAUAAUUAACUGGAACGCUGAAUAAGAGGCCUAAAAAAAUGCGAGAAUUGACAUAGUGACUGGAGACUACUGAAAAACUGAUGCAAUAGUGCAUAGUGUUAUGAAAUUGCUGAACUCUUAAGGAAAUUAAUGGCUAUUUUUUAAGUGAUAAACGUGACAUUUCAUGGAAACUUUAGACAGGAUUUUUUGGAUUAACUUUGAGCCUGUUUUUUAGGAGAAAAAGGUUUAAGCAAGACUUCUGGGAAGGCUCUUCACUAUAAAGGAUCAGGAUUCCAUCGAGUUAUCAAGGAUUUUAUGAUUCAAGGAGGAGACUUUACUAAAGGUAUUGUUAUUUUUAUAUCAAGAUGGUAAAAGAAAAGGCACACUUAAGCUGAAGGCUCAAAUAGCCGGAGCAGCGCCGGACAGAAUGCUAGUCCAAUGCAGGGUUACCCUCCAGCAGUAUGUCGCCAGUGCCCAUUUAUACAUCUGGGUGAAGAGAGUUCCAAGUGGAGUAAAGUUCCUUGUCUAAGAAAACAAUGCAAUGGGUGACUUUGAACCACAGACCUCCAGAUCCAGAGUUUGAGGUGUUAACCGCUCAACCACACAUAUCAAGAUGGCUCAAAUGGACUUAGAGUUAGAGCCUUAACUAUUGUCAUUAGCCAAGAUACUGGAAAACAAUCUCCUUUAAUAGCUGUAUUGUUACCUAGGAAUUUGUUAUGACUGAUGUUAUUUUGACACAAGAGUUUUCAUCACAAUGUGUAAGUGGCUUGUAAGUGUACCUAAGUGUAGUUGUUUUUGCAAAAGAAGUUGCAGAUUGUUGCAAUAAAACCUUUUUCGAUGUCUAAACGGUAGGUUCUGUAUCUUUACUUACAUUAAUAAGAUCUUUUUGUGAGAGUUGCGAGGGAGAGGUUUUGUAACAAGAACAGCAGUUUUUCACAGAGUUUUUAAAAGCUGCUGACUAUUAACACCUGAUGCAAGGUGCUUGUUACUUUUCAUGUGCGUAUCAGAUAUUUUUUUGAUCUGUAAAACAUGUACUACAUCAGUCUUCUAAGUAACACUAAGCAAACUUUUUCCUUGGUUUCUCACUGGAUGUGUGUCAAUAAUUUUUUGCCAAAAAUUGCCGCUUCAAUGAUUCUUGCACUACGCGAUUCUAGUAGCGUGAUGAUAAUCACGUAGUGUGCAACAAGAUUCUCAUUGCGCAGGAAACGAGACAUGACUGGUAACUUACUUUUGAAUGGUACUGUAUGUCAUGUGCUGUACAAAUCAUUCUUUGCAACCCUUUGAUCAAUUAGAGCAUGCAUUGAAAAUUUGUUAAAUAAAUUAUAAUUUUUCUAUUAUUUUGUCUAUCACAGGAAAUGGUACUGGAGGAGAGUCCAUUUAUGGUGGCACGUUUAAUGGUUUGUAGCUUCACAGUAUUAAUCUCAACAACAGGAUGUGUACUUAGAGUCAGAUUUGUAGUUGUAAAAAUUGAAGAAGUGCAAUUGCUGAGGAUUGAGUAUAGUGAACCUUUAAUAUCUGAAUUGAUUUUGUGUUAUAGUCAAACAGCAAUUUUAUCAGUAGUUUGUCAGGCCUCGUUGUAAACAUAAAAUUGAGUUGACUACAGUGAAACCCUGAUAUAAUGAAGAGCCAAGGGACUGGCGAAAUAUGUUAAUGUCUCUGAUCCUUUAUAAUGCAUGUUAAACACGAAGUAAUUUAAUUAUUAAACAAAUAAUGAGAAGUUGGCCUUAAAUGGGGGAGCACUGCCUUGCGCUAGGUUAGCCUGUGCGACUUCCAGCGAUGGCGUGACCAAAGAACCUCACUUAUCUCCCUAGCACUACGAGCUGAAUGCAAUACUGCAUGUGCCGGAUUGGACAAGAGUACCAGUUUGCAGGCAAUAUUAUUAAACAGCAAUGCAGCCAACAAGCAUGGGGGAAGUCACUGCACAGACUUAAUUGCACCUCCAAGGAGUGUCUCUAGUUUAUUUGAUGGCAUAGCACAAAACAAAGCCCAUACCUUGAUCGUCUCCAAAGGGAGGGAGGGAGGGAAAAUUUUACACGAUUAGUAUACUGAGCACUUAAACCUUGCUGAACAAUGGAACCCAAGUGAACUCUGAACAGUUGUUCUUGGCUUUUAUAGCCAGACGAAUGUCUGCUGGCAUAGCCAGUAGAAAAGGCUGUACUACAAGACCGCUCAGCAUUACACAUGCACACUCUUAGCCAUGAAUAAUGGUUUCAAAAUACUGGCCAAUGCUGUGGCUCGUACUAGCCUGCUUAAGACAAGAAGGCCGUAAAGUUCUACACUAGAAUACAAUGCAUCUUAGAGCUUGCUGAACUUGACAACUACAUUUUACUGGUGUUAUUUUCCAUAUAUUUUACUAUUACUGGGGUUAAAAGAAAAUCGUUCAUUGUAUCCAGGACUUCAUUAUAUCAAGGUUCUACUGUUCUGCAAUGACUCUUAUCUCAGGGCUGUGGCUAAAAUUUCAAGUUGCUGGGUAAAUGCAGUUAGUACAAGGGGAAUUGUACUGAGCUAGGAAUUAGUUCUUUUGGUUCUGUUUUCGUUUUGUUUCCUAUAAGAGAAGCCAGGGCUCACACUCAUAGUACCCAGGUAAAAUCCCCGGCCCCCAGCUCAUAGUGACAGCCCUGUAUCUUCCAGUGAACUUACACCUCAUGCAAGUCUGUGUCUUACAAUUUAUUAUCUUUUACACAAGAUGUUCUCAGCUUUUGAUUGGUUUAUAUUAAUCUGUCAGCUAAUAAUUCAGCUUGUUCAUGAUGUGGAGAAUGAAACAAUGUUAUGCAAUGUUGCAUUAUGUAAUAACAUUACAGAUCUCAGCAUUUAAUGACACUCACUAUUGAUCUUCAUUUAACUAUAACAGUAAAAAGGGCUUAAUUUGCUUUCUGAUACUAAGCAAAUUAUGCCCUUUUCAGGAAACCCUUAAUUUAUUAUUAAUAUUAUAAAGCUGAUCUAAUGGGGUGUAUGUUUUUAACUGCUUAUCUAAAUAAUAUAUGAAAAUAAUUAAGUUUUUUGUUAACUGGGGCUGAAACUUAUGAGAAGUACAAACAUGUAAUUGUGAUAACUGCAGUGAUUUGCUUGUCAUAUUAAGUUUUUCAUUUUUUUUUGUUUUCCCUAUAACAGACGAAGGAUUCCCUCUUAAGCACGAGACAGCAAUGUUGUUGUCCAUGGCUAACAGAGGUCCUAACACUAAUGGUUCUCAGUUUUUUAUGUAAGUAUUUGAUCUUUUAAGAGAUAGAAACCACCCUAUAAAUUUGAAACCAAGUAUAAAAUUCAACUGCAUCAUGCAUGUAGAUGUGUAGUAUAAGUCAGGUCCUGAUCACUCAAAGAUUGGAUGCAUGUAGUGCUAUCCACUGUAUAAAUAUUAUUAAUUAUCACUAUGGAGUGGUUAGAGUGUCAUGAAAUCCAAUUGCCUUGCCCUCUGGAUAGUAAUUUACCUGAUGAAUAGCAUUACCCACCUUCUGAGCAACUGGGCAAUGUUAACUUAAUUACGCUGGCAAAAAUGGUUCAGUUCUUUUUUAAUUUCCUGCUGUUGUCUAAUUUUCCCCUGCUUUAAUUCUCAAUUCCUUCCUUUUCUCAAGGCCCCAGGUUCAAGUUUAAAAGAGGGUUUAUGUACUUCAAUGUAUCAACUUGAUAAUAUUAAUCUCUAUCCAGUAGAUGAUCCAGUUUUUUUCCCUAAUUAAUACUUAUCCACUGGAUAUUAAUUUAUCUGCUAAAUAGCAACCUGAUCCAAGGAGUGAACAACGUGGGCCAGAUGUCAGGUCUUCCAACCGGCAUCUCUGUGAUACAUGACAAUAUUGUAGUGUGAAUAAAGACAAAGUUUUAAUGUUUUAAGUUUUUAUAGUGUGUUUAUUUUGCUUUUCACAGAACAACUCAGCCUGCCCCACAUCUUGAUGGGUAAGUUUUCUUUUAACUUGAUUCAGCUGUUCUUACUGACAGAAAGGAAAUUUCUGUUAGCAUUAUGAUGUUAUAAUUUGCUACAGACAAGACAGUGUUUCACAUGGUUUCAUUUUUUCAAUUUCAAUACACAAAUAUAAAAAAGGGCAUCAAAUUUUGCUAUGUUAUUUUUCAAACAUCUGAAUUUUUAAAAGAUAUCAAGAUAAAUGUAACAAACAAAAUGCAUAUUAACAUUAUUCCACAACAGAAUAAAAAUUACCAGUAAAACCAGUUAAUAAUUAAAUUUUGUUGUCGAUACACCUAGGCUCUACAGUAGAAACAGUUGUUGUUAUUAAAUCUUAAUCGUUUUUAUAUGAUUUGAAUUUUCUAUGGGUAGUAAAUUAAAAUUUUUUGCACGUUUUCGUUUUGUGAGGAUAUUAAUUCCCGAAACAAAUUUCGUGAAAUUAAAAAAAAAUGUGAAAUUAGGUAAUGGCAUUGUACAUGACUUGUACACAUAAUGCAUUUUUGUUUGUUGCCACUCAAAAGCAAGUCACAGAUCAAUGAUUACCCACACUUCAACAAUGUUGCUCUUGCUUAUAUUGUGGUAUAUUUAUUUUAUUUGUAGGAUUCAUGUGAUAUUUGGCCAAGUAUUGCAAGGUCAGGAAAUAGUAUCAGAGAUAGAGAUUCAAAGAGUUGAUGACAAGAGUAGGCCCCUAGUGGAUGUAAAGAUUAUCAACUGUGGUGAACUUAUUCCAAAAGCAAAGGCUAAAGGUACACGAUAUGUUUCCAUUGACUAAAUUUAUGUACAGAACUGUGCUCUAGCAGCAGUGCUGCCCGCUGACCCCUGGCAUCAUACUUUAGCUCUUGGGUGAUGUCUUACUGUUAUUUGUUAACUUUCAACUGCAGAGAAGAAAGCUGAAAAGACAAGAAGGAAAUCUAAGCGACAUUCUGACAGCAGCUCCUCAGAUACUGACUCUUCAUCCAGUUCUGGAUCAGAAUCAGACAGUGAUCAGUCAUCAACUGAUGAGCGGGAGAAAAAGAAACGCAUAAAAAAGAAAAGGAGAAAAAAGAUGAGUGAAUCUGUAAAACGCAAGGACAAGAAGAAAGCAAAGAAGAAAAAGAAAGAGAUAAAAGACAGGUAAGUGGCUGUAACUACACCACAAAUACAUCAAUACACAAACAUUUAACAAAUACAUACAAAAAAUGCAAAUCUGGUAAAAAUGAAUACUGUGAAUAAAAUAAUUAAUGACUUAAUAAAAAAAUGCAUAGACAUAUAAUUUCAAAAAUUAACAUUGUUCGCAAAAAGUACAGCAUUCAAUAAUUCAUUCAUUACACUCAAAUGACAACAUGUGCUUGUAGAUAGAUUUGGUUGAGUAGCAAAAAGGACUGAUAGAGCCACUGUGCCGAGUGCAGAGCAUAACCAUGGCAAUCAACAUGUUGAAUUCCAAACAAGUUGAGGAGUAAGGGCAAGUCAAAGAGGUUAGGGAGAAAGUAGCCUGUGUAGCAAGCGUUUUUGUGUGGUUUCAGAGCAAAGAAAGAUGGAGGAAUGACAUGGAAAAGGAUUUUUGCUUUUGGCCGCACCAAAAAUAGAACAAGAGCAAACUCUUGCUACGCAGGCUAGGGAGAAAGAAGGGAAAACAAUAUAUUAUUUUUUCUCCCCUCCCCCUUCUUACAUCCUUUUUUUACCCCAUGACUAGUCCAAGAGUUACUAUUUCUAUUCUCCCCUGUCUUUCUCAGUGGUCAAAGAUGGCAGCCAUGGCAAUGCAGACAAGCAUUUUUUACCCACCUUAAAAAUUUGUCUGCAUUGCUGGCUCCCCUGAGAGUAUUUACACAUACCUCACACUAACCCAGGGUUAUCUUAACCCAGCUUUGAACAAACCUGGCCAAGUAAGUGAUAAGCAAAGGAAUCUGUGGCUACAUUUGAGGUCCCAUAUUACAUAAUAAUGUUGCUUUUACGCCCCCUUCCCUGUUAGUGAAAUAUUGACACUAAUAUCAGCAAUUAAUUUGAAUUCCAGUCCAGGAGAUGCUAAACCAAAGAGUCCUGAACCUUUUAGUUCAGUGGCUGUGGAUGAGAUCCCAGAUGUUCCCAAUAAUUCUUUUCUAUUGAGAAGAAGCCGCACCCCCUCCCCUGUCAGGGAAAAGAGGCUUCAGCAGGCAAAAAAUAGGUAUGUUUCCUCUGAGGUACACCUGACCUUAAUCAUUUCUACGAGAGCUGGACUCAUUCCCUUUUCGGUGCAUAAUUAUCAUGAAUUAGGAAUUUUUGAGCAAGUAAGUCCGUACUAAAUUUGCAAUGAUAAAUUUUGCCCAAGGCAAAGCUGUUUCUUUGUUCAAAGCUGUGAGGCAUAUACUAAUAAAAUUAAUUGUGACAGACAAAAGUACUUUGGAAUGGCAAGACAACUAGAUUUCAUCCACGGACUCAAAACUAAGAACUGCAUUUCAUCCAACAUGCCUGAUUACACACUAAGGUAAUGGUACCAUGUGAAAGUACUACUGAUGGAAGAGGUUUCAUUUGAAUGGUCACACCAUAGGAUUUCAUCCACAGACUCAAAAAUUAAACUACAUAGUACCAUGUGAUAGCACUGCUCAAUUGAUUCUGAUGGCAAAUGGUUCAGAAAAAGUUGUUCAGAUGUUGAGAGAUAGAUGGCAGUAGUAUCUUCAAGUUGUUUAUAUUAUUUACUGUUUGUAUGACCACAGGAAAAGUAAGUCUCCUCCAGGGUAUAAAGCUCUGCCUCAAAGUAAUUCACAGGAAAGGACCAGGGUAUGUACACCUGCUGAAAUGAUAUUGUUUGGGAGAUCAGUAGACCUUAUUUCACUGUAUCCACCAUCUUUGCAUGCACUUCAGGACUGAUUAAUCACGUGACAUUGCAUUUAUCCCAUCAACCCUUGAACGCGUGCGAAGAUGGUGGUUGUUGUGAAUAAGGUCUAUACCUUCAACAGAAAAUGUCCAUAAUUACUAAAACAAUUGCUUCCGAGUCCUUGAGUUCUUAAAAUUAAGCUCGGAUUCUGUGGGUAACUAUUUUUCUUUCUUUUAACACAAUUAUAAAACUUUUUACCCUCUAUCAUCUAUCUCUGUUUGUCUUUGUUAUGGGCAGGUUUCCAGGUCGGGAAGGAUUCUACGAGGACGAGGAAAUAUGGUGAGGAAAUUCCCAGGGUAUUAGUUUAAACUUCCUUACGAGAAAAACAAUACACCAGGAGAAAAGGAAAGAUCACUAAGUAAUGAAUCAUUUAGAAGCGGACAGGAGACAAAACAAGGCAAAACACAUCUCUGAAAACCCACUACAGUGUACCCCCCUUCUCCCUUCCACCCCCCUAAGCAAAGAGCCUGGCCCGUGGCUACUCAAUCGGUUUGAAACAGAACUUAAUCACAUGAUUUUUAUUUUUCAGCGGUAUCGCACACCCCCGCCUUCUUCUUCAGAUGAAACGCGGAACAUUUCGCGCCGUUUUUCUCCACCUUUGGUGGCUCGGUCAAGGUCUCCACGCAGGUGUACAAGGUCUCCUAUGCGUCGUGCACGAUCACCAUUUAGACAGUCGAGGUCUUCUCGAGAACGUUCUAGAUCUCCCCGUCGACGCUCGAAUUCUCCUCGAAGACCCCCGAUGUCUUCUCGAAGACGCUCGAAGUCUCCACAAAAACAAUCAAAUUUCUCACAGAAACGCUCGCUUUCACCUCAAAGACCCCCGAUGUCUUCUCGACGACGGUCGAAGUCCCCACGAAAACACUCAAAUUCCCCACAGAGAUGCUCGCUGUCUGCACGGAGACACUCGGGGUCUCCGCGACAACGCUCGAGGUCUCCUCGAAGACAUUCGAAGUCCCCACGAUCACAGUUACUUCAGAGAACAGAUAGCAAACAGCAUAUGAAAGACCGUGAAUCAGCGGAAGGAAUAAUGAAACAGAGCUACUCAGUAAGAGAUGGUGAAAGCAGUGAUAAAUUUGGAACAGUUAAAACACGAGGUGAAAGGAACUCAAAUGAUGAAAAAGCUAACGAAUGUUCACCUACAACUGAAGAGCGCUUUCCAGAAAGGCGACGGGAAGAAGAGGGAAAGACCUUUGCAAAUGAAGGCUAUGCAAGGUCAAAGUUUGCUUCAAUCAAUGAAACUGGCAGACACAGGAGAGGAGAAAAAACUAGCAGUAACAGCGACAGUGAGGAAUUUGAACAAGAAAGUCGAGACAUUCUGUACAGAUUGGAAAAACAGAGCCAUCUUGCGCGUAAAGAAGACACCAGGGACAUACGGAAACCAAGUUCAUACUCGAACGGUGACGAGCAGACAUGGAGAAGCUUAGCUCGUGAUUAUGAGUUUGAAGAAGAUCAUGGAACUUUGGAGGCACAAAGUUAUGCACCCAUUCCAUUAAGCAAAGAACGUGAAAAUAACCGAGAACGUCUACAAUCUCGCGGUAAAAAUAACGAUGAACAGAUUUCUCCAAACGAAGAAAGUGCAGGCAGUGAACAAGAGGACAAACGAGCUUUUCUUCAGGGUGAAGGAAGGUUUAAACAUCAGGGUAUCUCAGAACGUAAAACUGGUCGUCGACAGCGCAGUAGGAGUUUUGAUAGACGCAGAAGCAGCUCUCAGGAGAGUGACCGGAACCGGAAGUCACGUCAUCACCAUCGUCGUCAUCAUCAUCAUCAUCAUCGACACCAUCAUAAAAGAGACGCGAGGCAAUGGGAAAGAAACGUUGUCGUGACCGAGGAAGAUCAGGACAGUUCAAGUGACUGA